AGGAACAUCUACAUAUAAAACAGCCACAUCCAUGCCAAAUUCUACAGUUGGUUCCAAAAGCCAAAGCAAAAACGCGAACAAGAACGCGAGGGGGGAAAGAAAACAUUCCGCCCGACGGCCGACCCAGCGGCUGCCUCCGGUCCCCUCUUUCUCGCCCCCCACCUCUUGCCAGCCUCCGCGUCCGGAGCCCCGCGAGAAGCGCCACUCCCUCUCCUCUGGGGGGAGCCAGAAGAGCUUAACCUCGCCGCUGCCUGAGGGAGGGCGCUCACCUGUCCCCCGAGGAGGCGAGAGAGGCGGUGACUAGAACUUGAAGUCAUCCAGAAAGUUUCUACAGGAAAAAGGGAGAGAAAGGCGAGGUCCCCGCCCUGGCCAGUUGCGGGAGAGAGUGAGAGGUUUUCUUAUAAGGAACCAGAAAGUCCGGAAAUUGUGCAAGAACUUGCACGAGGGGGGAAGCCUUUCCAAUUCCCCCUCCCGCCGGUCUUUCCGCCGGAGGAACAUCCAUUCCUUUCCUCCUCCGUCCCUCCCGGCCGAGCUGGGGACGAGGAGCCAGCCGGGCGUCUACGAGCGGGGCGAUCAGCUGGAAUUUGGCCUCGGAAAGGGCUCCCGUGGCAACGAAGGGCGCUUCGGUCCCCACGGGGAGGGGGGCAGAAGAGGAGAGCCUCGGCAAGCCUUUCUUUUGUUUGGGGGGCAAAAGCCUCCAUGGCUCUGAGCAAAGGGCUGAGGCUGCUGUGGAAGCAGGACCCCGCUCCGAGCGCUCUGCUGGAGGCGCGCGGCCGCCAGGACUGCCUGCUGCUGGAAGCCGGCACGACGGCCACCCUCACACUUGAAGAAAAAGAAGAAAUUAAAGGGCAAUAUGAGAAGCUCAUGGAUGCUUAUGGUUGCUUAGGAGAGCUCCAGUUAAAAUCUGGCAACUCCACUCUGCAUUUCCUGGUUCUUGUGACAGGCUGUACAUCAGUGGGAAAAAUCCUUGAUACUGAAGUUUACAAGAUCACAGCAACUGAAUUCUGUGCUCUCCAAGAAGAAACUAAGGAAGAAGAUCGUGUUUCUGCCUUGAAAAAACUUCUGAAUUCUGGGGUCUUCUAUUUUUCUUGGCCAAAUUCAGGGUCAAACUUUGAUCUCACUAUCCGAGCCCAGAAGAAAGAUGAUUACAGCUAUCAAACUGGAAAUUCAUUUUUCUGGAACCAGCUAUUGCAUGUCCCUUUUAAACACUAUCAGGUGAACUGUUCAGACUGGCUAUUAAAAGUGAUUUGUGGUGUGGUGGACAUUCGUACUCUUUAUGCAUCUCACAAGAAGGCAAAAGCCUGUCUCAUCUCCCGGAUUAGUUGUGAGCGAGCUGGUGCCCGGUUUCACAUACGAGGAGUCAAUGAUGAUGGUCAUGUUUCUAACUUUGUUGAGACAGAGCAGACUAUCUAUUUGGACACGGAUGUUUCUUCCUUUGUUCAGAUCAGAGGAUCAGUUCCAUUAUUCUGGGAGCAACCUGGAUUGCAGGUUGGCUCCCAUCAUCUGAAACUUACCAGAGGCCUGGAGGCAAAUGCUCCUGCUUUUGAUAAGCAUAUGAUGCUUCUGAAGGAACAAUAUGGUAAACAAGUGAUCGUUAAUCUGCUGAGAAGCAAAGGAGGAGAGGAAGUCCUCAGCAGGGCUUUCAAGAAAUUGCUUUGGGCAUCAUCACAUGCAAUAGACACGCCAAUGAUUAAUUUUGAUUACCACCAUUUUGCAAAAGAUGGGAAACUGGAGAAUUUGCUGGGGCCUCAGCUAAAGCUGCACUGGGAAGAAUUAGGCAUCUUCACAAAAGGUGAAAAUGCAAGUUCCUGUCAACAGAUGGGUACCAUUCGAAUGAAUUGCCUGGAUUGUCUAAAUCGAACUAAUACUGUCCAAACCUUCAUAGCACUUGAGGUUCUCCAAAGUCAACUAGAAAGCAUGGGAUUAAAUUCCAAACCUACAAUUGAACGUUUUUUAGAGUCUUACAAAGUAAUGUGGGCCCUCAAUGGGCACAAUCUAAGCAGGAUUUUUACAGGCAGCCGUGCUUUAGAAGGAAAAGCUAAGGUUGGGAAAUUCAAGGAUGGUGCCCGGUCAGUGUCACUGACCAUUCAGUCCAACUUUUUUGAUAGUGUGAAACAGGAAGCCAUUGACUUACUGCUUAUGGGUGAUUUCUACAAUGAAGAGUGUGCAGAUAAAGAGAGAAUGCUGCUGGAUCAUACAGCGUUGUUGAUGACACCAAGCACUUUGAAGACCAUGUCAGAGCGUCAAUUUGAAUUCACAAACUUCAAGAGAAUUCGUGUUGCCAUGGGGACCUGGAAUGUAAAUGGAGGCAAACAGUUUAAGAGCAAUAUCCUUGGUACCAGCGAGCUAACAGAUUGGUUACUCGAUUCCCCUAAGCUCUGUGGGGUUUCAGAGUUUCAAGAUGAUCAUUGUCCUGCUGACAUAUUUGCUGUAGGAUUUGAAGAAAUGGUAGAAUUAAAUGCUGGCAAUAUUGUGAAUGCGAGCACAACCAAUAGGAAGAUAUGGGGAGAACAGAUUCAGAAGGCUCUUUCAAGGACACAUCGAUAUAUUCUGUUGACCUCAGCACAGCUUGUGGGCGUUUGCCUCUUCAUUUUUGUAAGACCUCUUCAUGUUCCCUUCAUAAGGGAUAUAGCAGUGGACACAGUGAAGACUGGAAUGGGAGGGAAAGCUGGAAACAAAGGAGCAGUUGCCAUCCGUUUCCAACUGCAUAGCACCAGCUUAUGCUUUGUGUGCAGUCACUUGACAGCUGGUCAGUCUCAGAUGAAAGAACGGAAUGAGGACUAUAAAGAGAUCACUCAGAAACUGAGUUUCCCAAUGGGAAGAAGUAUGUUUUCUCAUGACUACGUUUUCUGGUGCGGUGAUUUCAACUAUCGCAUUGACUUGACUUAUGAAGAAGUAUUUUACUUUCUCAAACGACAGGACUGGAAGGCACUCUUGGAAUUUGAUCAACUGCAGCAGCAGAAAUCCAGCGGGAAGAUUUUUAAGGACUUUCAUGAAGGAACUAUUAAUUUUGGUCCCACAUAUAAAUAUGAUGUUGGCUCUGAGGCUUAUGAUACAAGUGAUAAAUGUAGAACUCCAGCGUGGACUGAUAGAGUUCUUUGGUGGAGGAAGAAACUUCCAGUUGAUAAAACAGCUGGAGAGGUCAGUCUUCUUGAUACUGAUCUCAGUGCCGAAACCAAAGUCAGACCCAUUUGGUCUCCUGGUGCCUUGAUGCAUUAUGGAAGAGCUGAGCUCCAGGCCAGUGACCACAGGCCUGUUUUAGCUGUUGUGGAAGUGGAAAUCCAAGAGGUUGAUGUGUCUGCUCGGGAUAAUGUUUUCCAGGAAGUAUCAUCUUUUCAGGGACCUCUAGAUGCUACAGUAGUGGUGUCUCUAUUGUACUCAUCCCCUGAAGAGAAAGAUGAAUUUCCUGAGGAUUUGCAUGCGGAGCUUAUGCAGAUCUUUGAGACUUAUGGCACUGUUGUGCUUGUCAGGAUCAAUGGAGGUCAAAUGUUGGUUACAUUUUCAGAAAGCAGAUCUGCUCUUCAUGUUCUCGAUGUGGAUGGCAUCAAGAUUAAAGGCAGGAUUGUGAAGAUUUGUCCUAAAACCAAAGAUUGGCUGAAAGGUCUUCAAGAGGAAAUUGCUAGGAAACGCGACAGUAUCGCUCCUAUGUCACCCACGGCAAAUUCCUGUCUGCUGGAGGAAAAUUUUGAUUUUUCAAGUUUAGAUUAUGAAUCAGAAGGUGAUAUCCUAGAUGAGGAAGAUGAUUAUUUGGAUGAAAUGUUGCCGCCAGUACCAUUUGGGACAGAAACGGUAUCAGCAGUAGAAGAGCUGGGCGAUGGAUCGGAAUAUGUGAGCAUGGCAUCUACCGUACAUGCAAACAAAUCACAUCUUGCUGGAAGAAAGCCACAUCCAUAUAAAGAUAACGCUGACCUGGCUGAACUAAAACAAGAAUUUGAAGAAAAUGGGGAGUUCCGUCAUCGCUCCCCAACCAGGUCUCUAUCCGUGCCUGGUAGGCCUCAGCAGCUUCAGCCACCACAGCGACCUCCCCCGCCAGUUGCAGUGUCCAUUAAAAAAUCCCCUUCAGAUGGUUCCAUCUCUUCAGGAAACCACUCCUUGUCUUCCAUCUUGCAUACAGCAAAGCUUCUUCCAGGAGCACCACAGCAACCACCAAAAUCACGAACUGGAAUUAGUAAGCCAUAUAACGUAAAACAGAUCAAAACCACCACCCCAGAGGAAGCUGAGGAAGCCAUUCGGUGUCUGAUGCAAGCGAAAGGAGUAACACCACAGGAAUCCUUGGCUUCCAUUCCAGUAAGAACUCACACUGUGACUAAACCUGAAUUCUUCCCCAGUGGCCCAAAGCCAGCACCUCUUCAGGACCUCCAGCCAGCGCCAGUCCUCAUACCACAGCGUCCCCCACCUAAAGUCCCAACUACAAAAAAGCCUGCACCAUUGCAGAGGAUGGGAAGAAAGCCAGAAUGUCCCCAGUCUCCAGAAGAGCAGCUUGAACAAUCUGUGGGUCACUUCUUUGCAUUACCAGAAUCUUGUCUUGAAACCAGAGCCAUUACUGGUUCUCCUAAGACUGUCCCUAUCCCUAAGCCAAGGACAAUGCAUCCUGGCAAAAUUCUUGAGAGGAGCAGCAGCAGUGAAAGGCAACCACCUGCAUUGUCUCUUUCAGAGGAAAGUUCUCAUAUUCCUUCUCCGAAUUUGACUCAGGCUCCAAGAGUUCCACCAAGGAGAAAGAAGUCUGCUCCUCCGGAUUUUCAUUUGCAAGUACUCCAGAACAGCAAUAACCUGUUUCUAAAAGGGCUGACAUUCAAUUCCAACAAUAACAACAUUCCAGAACCAUAUUGUUCCACAAUGCAGGAUUCUGAUGCACUCCCAUCUUCUCCGAGUGAAUCUUCUCUUCUUGCUACGACAGUUGUGAUUAGCUCAGAAGACCAUGAUUCCAAGCUCUUGAGGCAGACUGAUUUAGAAUUAAUUGGUGGCCAACAGGCUCCUGCUCCCUUGCAGAUUAAGCAACAACAGCAAGCUUCAGACAAUCAUUGUCUAAUGGAAAACACCAAUUUAUUAGACCUGGAAGUAGACUUUGUUGCUUGCCAGUCAAUGAUUCAGCCAUUACCAGCUAAUCCAACACAUGCUUCACAAAAUUUGAAACUCUCCUGUCCAAAAGAUUUCAGCCACUGGGUCACAUUUGGAGAAGAUGGCAACAGUGGUACUAUAUCUCAGGGUUAGGCACUGACCUCAGUUUAAACUAUGAACCUAUUUUUGUACCUUUUUCCUAGAAAAACACAUUAUUUUCUGAACUCUAUUAUAGAAGGAACUAAGUUCAGCGAAUCAUAUAUGGUACAGCACUCAUCUGUCCACACUCCUUGGUGAUUUCUGACUCAAGUUUAAUAGUAAAUUCAGUAACAAAUAUUUGUCAUAUGUAUGUGUACUGUUACAAGGCCUGCUUCAAUUACUCCGUAUUUGCACUUUGCUCAUUUCUGAAUUCCAUGCCACGGUUGGUUGCUUGCCCCAUAGUUCUCUACUGUAAAAUGAUGGUACAAUUAAUUCUGCAUUAUACAUCAAGAGGUACUCUGUGUCACUCUUGAGCCAACUGCAUGCUUAGAACCAUAGUGCACAGCCUUAAAUUCUUUUUAUCCUUGUUAUCAAGGAUGCAAAGUAGGAAAGAAUUUGCAUUUCAAUAAGGCCUGCUGGCAAGAGCAAAAAUAAUAGAUUCUAUCUGGCAAUAGCAGUUUUCAGUAAUGUAAAGGGAAGUGCCAAGGUGGUUUUAAAAGUGGUGUGGUAAGUUGGGGCUGGUAGUAUCCAGGAUAGCCAUUCAAGUUCAAGCUGUGAUAGUAAACAGUUCAUUAGAGCUAUGCCUGUACAAAGACAAUGAAAUAUGUACUCUGAGCAAUGCGGUUAUAGAUCUAGCCUGUUUUGAAUUAGAGCCUGAAGGGAUGAAAACAGGAGAGUUUAUGGAUCACCUGAUAGGAUCAAACCAUUGUUGUUUUCUGUUAUAGGCGUAGAUCUGGUUCUGUUUGGAUCAAUGUGAACAAGAGUAUUGCCUAAGGAAGAAACUACCAAAUAUGAUAUAAGUAGGAAAUGUCACAGGUACAUAUAUGAGAGGCUUCUACUGAGCUCUCAUUCUUUCAUAUUUAAAUCUCAAGAAUUCUUAGGCUAAUAAAACAUCCAGUGGAUUACUGGGAAAAACACAAAGUAAUCAGUAUGUGCAAUGAAAGGCUAGUAAUAUUUUUAUAUACAAUGGAUGACUGUAAAAGAUAGAAUGAUCUAGUUUUACAAUUCAGGCAAGGAAGUUACAGUCUAGUGUAAUUUAACAGAGAAUUAUGUUGCUUUAGAAGAAGCAGCCAAGUCAGUGAUUUCCUUUUAACUUGGGGGAGGAAAACCCUACAACAUGUAUUUUGGGCUAACCAUUUUUAUUCUGUUAAUAAUAUUAAAAAUGUGUUUUAUGAGAAAAAAGUCUUGGCUUAUUUCUGUAUAGUUAUGUAUAAUAUGCAGAGCUUAACUAGUUAACAUGAUGCUAUUGCGUUUAUUAAAAUGAACCUUAAAAAAAUAAAGUUAGGGUGCUAAAUCAGGCUAUUGUGGUCUCCAUCCCCCUGCAUCUAGGCCAACCAUUACACUACUCUAAGCAGCAGGAUUUCAAAAACUGUAUCAACAUAAACAAAAGGAUGGUAGGUAGCAGGACAUUUGCUUAAUAUAAGACACUGUGGAGUCCUUAAUAUAACACAGCCACCCAUAAUCUAGUACUCUCUAGAUGAGUUGCCUGUAACUCCCAUGAUCCCCAUCUAGGAGGGCUGUCGCCCUUGGUGAAGAACAGCUGGUUAGGGAAGAUUGCUCUAACCCUCCCCUUUAAUAAGGAAAUCAGAAGCAUCACUGGUUAUUUAUAGCUGCAUCUUAAGAUAAAAAAUGAACGCCUAUUAAAAGGAAGCCUAGUAUACUGUUACUGAUGAUAUUCUCUGCAACAUAGAUAAUUUAACAGCUUUCUGGCAGGUCAUUUACAUGCUAAUAAAAGCAUUAGAAAGCAAGCCAAUUUAAGUGA